AUGCCGUCUCUUGACGUGAGCGAACUCAACAUUGUGUUGGGGGUACUAGGAACCUUUAUUAUACUGUACGGCCUUAUAUCCGUCAAAAUCAAGGCCAAGUGGUACUUGGGUGAAGCACUUCCCGCCGUGGCUAUUGGAGUCUUGUUGGGCCCUAUAGCCGCCAAGUUCAUAGACAGCGAGAGAUGGGGGUCGAAAACGCCGGGACAGACUGAAGCCAUUACUCUUGGCGUGGCCAGAGUAAUGAUCGGCCUUCAACUGGUAAUCGCCGGCUACCAACUCCCGGCCAAGUACAACCUUACCCGCUGGAAGGAAAUGCUCAUGUGUCUGCUGCCCAUCAUGACAAUCAUGUGGCUCUGCACAACCGUCUGCAUGCUUGCGACGGUUCCCAAAGUCACCCUCCUCGCCGCCCUCGUCAUCGGCUCCUGCGUCACUUGUACGGACCCCAUCCUGUCCCAGGCCAUCGCCAAGGGCCCCUUUGCCGACAAAUUCGUCGCCAGAGACCUCCGAGAAAUCAUCUCCUCGGAAGCCGGCGCCAACGACGGAUUUGGCUUCCCCUUUCUCAUGCUAGCGGUAUACCUGAUCCGGCAUGCUGACAUCCCCGGCGCCGGGGAAACGACAGCCGAAGCCGCGGGGAGGCUGUUGGCGAGAAGCGAAGAGGUGGGCCGACUAGGCGGCGGUGUUGGUGUUGCCAUGAGGGAAUGGUUUGUCGAGACAUGGCUGUACAUUGUCUUGCUGUCGGUUGUGUACGGCGCCGUUGUAGGCUUUGCCGCCUGCAAGGGCAUCAAGUUUGCCCUGAGACGCAAAUGGAUCGACGGGGAGUCGUACGUGCUCUUCCCUACCGCGCUCGGCAUGUUCCUCGUCGGCACCUGCGGCGCCAUCGGGACCGACGACCUCCUCGCCUGCUUCGUGGCCGGCAACGCCCUCAACUGGGACGGGGACUACCUCGCCGAGACGGAACGCCGCCACGACGAGGUCAACUCGUGCGUCGACGUGCUCCUCAACUUUGGCGGCUUCAUGUACAUUGGCGCCAUCAUGCCCUGGAGCGAGUUCAACGACCCCGACGGCACCGGCCUCACCUACGGACGCCUGAUGCUCCUCGGCCUCAUGGUCCUCGUCUUCCGCCGCAUCCCCGCCAUCCUCAUGACGUACAAGCUCAUGCCGGGAGUCGUCAAGGACUGGAAAGAAGCCCUGUUCAUGGGAUACUUUGGGCCCAUUGGCGCCGGGGCCGUCUUCUACGCGGAGCACAGCCGUCAUCUGUUCCCGGAGCUGGGCAAAGGCGACGAGGAAGAGACCAACCUGGCCAGGGCCAUCGGCCCCGUCGUCUACUGGCUCGUCCUGUUUUCCAUUGUCGUCCAUGGCCUGUCCAUCCCGGCGCUCAACCUCAUCUACACGUACAUGGGGGUGAAGCCGAUCCAAGAAGACGCCGUUGAGGUGCGGCGCAUGUCUCUGCGCCAGCCGAUGCCCAACAAUGCCGUCGCCGGGGGCAGAGACACCAUCAUCGCCUACAAUCGCUUCAGCCGGCCCGUUUUCGAUCCCUCAGAGAUGCCCGUGUCCGCAGAUGAUGCCUUUACCAAUCCUCGUCCGCUGUUCGCCAGUGACACCAAGCUGCGCGACACGCUAGACUAUGAUGACAUAGAAAUGCAGAAACAGCUAGAAAGUAGACGCAAGAUCCAAUAUCAGGGCCGGUUCGACCGAUGA